AUGGGACCCCCGCCUCUCGAGGUGGGCACUCUCCCCGGACUGUGUGAUGUGCUGCGGGUGCUGCGGGAGGAACGGGACCAUUGCCUUCAGGAACUCUCCAAAGAGAAGCCAGGAGACCUGGGCACGGAGCAGCCAGCCCCAGGUUGCGAGGGGCUGUGGGACAACAUGAGCUGCUGGCCCUCCUCCGCGCUGGGACAGACUAUGGAAGUGGGGUGCCCCCCAUUCCUCCGAAUGCUCACUGGCAGAAAUGGUUCCAUGUUUCGAAACUGCACACAGGACGGCUGGUCGGAAACCUUCCCCAGGCCUGACCUGGCCUGUGGGCUUAACGUGAACGACUCGUCCAAUGAGAAGCGGCACGAGUACCUGAUGAAGCUGAAGGUCAUGUACACCGUGGGUUAUAGCUCCUCCCUGGUGAUGCUCCUGGUCGCCCUCAGCAUCCUCUGUGCUUUCCGGAGGCUUCACUGCACCCGCAACUACAUCCACAUGCACCUUUUUGUGUCCUUCAUCCUGCGUGCCCUGUCCAACUUCAUCAAGGACGCCGUGCUCUUCUCCUCGGACGAUGUCGCUCACUGUGAUGCCCACAGGGUGGGCUGUAAGCUGGUCAUGGCUUUCUUCCAGUACUGCAUCAUGGCCAACUACGCCUGGCUGCUGGUGGAAGGCCUCUACCUUCACACGCUCCUGGUCAUCUCCUUCUUCUCAGAGAGGAAGUGCCUCCGGGGAUUUGUUGCCCUCGGAUGGGGUUCCCCGGCCAUUUUUGUUGCUUCGUGGGCUAUCAGUAGGCACUUCCUGGAAGAUGUCGGGUGCUGGGACAUCAACGCCAACGCAUCCAUCUGGUGGGUCAUUCGGGGGCCCGUGAUCCUCUCCAUCCUGAUUAACUUCAUCCUUUUUAUAAACAUUCUAAGAAUCCUGAUGAGAAAACUUAGAACCCAAGAAACAAGAGGAAAUGAAGUGAGCCAUUAUAAGCGCCUGGCCAAGUCCACCCUCCUGCUGAUCCCCCUCUUUGGAGUCCACUACAUCAUCUUCGCCUUCUCCCCAGAGGACGCCAUUGAGGUCCAGUGGUUCUUUGAAUUGGCCCUUGGGUCGUUCCAGGGCCUGGUGGUGGCGGUCCUCUACUGCUUCCUCAAUGGGGAGGUGCAGCUGGAGGUUCAGAAGAAGUGGCGGCAGUGGCACCUCCGUGAGUCCCUACUGCGCCCCGUGGCCCUCAGCUCCUCCUUCAGCAACGGCACCAGCGGUCUUGCCCACAGCACCAAGGCCAGCACCUCGGAGCAGAGCGGGGCCACCUGCAGGGCCAGUGUCAUCUGA